UAAAAGUACUAAAUUUUAAUAAACCCCAACACUAUAAGAAUCCACAGCACAUUAAAAUUAGGGUUGAGUUUUUACCUCUUCUUCUAGGGUUUCUUUUCUUCCGCAAAAUUCCAUGGUUACUAUUUUGAUUCUUUACCCAAUUCAAUAAAGCUCUAGGGAGAUAAAUUUAUCAAGUCUAGAGAGAGAAGGAGAAAUGGAUGCUAGGGUUGGUGUGGUUGUUGAAGGAGGACAAAGGGCUCUGAAUUCAGCUGCCGUUCAUGGAAGUGUUGUUGAUGCAGGCGCUAGAAAAUUUCUUCAACAGCAUAGUUGUAGUAAUAGCAAUAACAAGCGACAAUCUUUUAAUAGUCAGCAAGCCCAGAUUGGUACAGUGCAACAAUUGCUUGCUGGUGGUAUUGCUGGUGCUUUUAGUAAAACCUGCACUGCUCCUCUUGCUCGCCUUACUAUUCUCUUUCAGGUUCAAGGUAUGCAUUCUGAUGUUACAGCAUUGGCGAAGGCUAGCUUAUGGCAUGAGGCUACUCGUGUUAUUAAUGAAGAAGGAUUUAGAGCAUUUUGGAAAGGCAAUCUGGUUACCAUUGUUCACCGACUUCCUUAUUCUUCAGUUAACUUUUAUGCAUAUGAACGCUACAAGAGUUUUUUACAGUCUGUUUUUGGCCUGGAAAAACAGAGGGGUAAUGUAACUUCUGACCUUGCUGUGCACUUUGUAGCUGGUGGGUUGGCAGGAAUAACAGCUGCCUCUGCGACAUAUCCACUGGAUCUAGUGAGGACGCGCCUUGCAACGCAGAGGAACACCAUAUACUACAGAGGCAUCUGGCAUGCAUUUAAUACCAUAUGUAGAGAAGAAGGAUUUUUGGGCUUGUAUAAAGGACUUGGAGCAACACUACUGGGUGUGGGUCCAAGUAUAGCAAUAAGCUUUUCUGUUUAUGAGUCUCUCAGAUCAUUUUGGCGGUCAAAAAGGCCCAAUGAUUCUACUAUUGCGGUUAGUCUUGCUUGCGGUAGUCUUUCAGGCAUUGCAGCAUCGACAGCAACUUUUCCUUUGGAUCUUGUGAGGAGAAGAAUGCAGUUGGAAGGGGCAGGCGGGCGAGCACGUGUGUACACUACCGGCUUGUUUGGGACAUUUGGGCAUAUAAUACGUCAAGAAGGUUUGCGAGGCUUAUAUAGAGGGAUUCUGCCAGAAUACUACAAAGUAGUUCCUAGUGUUGGCAUUGUCUUUAUGACAUACGAGACACUAAAGAUGCUUCUAUCUCAUGUCCCAACCAGUUAGUAGCUGCACCUCAGUUUGACAUUCUUUUUCAAUGUUGCCCAUGAGAAUCAUCUAUCUGGGCGCAUCAAAGGAAGAGGAAAAUGGAGAAAAGAGCAAGAAGAAUCAAUUUUGCUAUAGAAGGAGGUUGGUACUCUAUGGUGGUAAAUUUUGCUGUUGCUGCCAUGAGACCGUAAUUUUUGAUGUAUAGAUGUAUUGUGACCAAGGGGAGUGAUUUAAGUAAUGUGAUUCUAUAUAUUUAGGUAUUAACAUCCACAUAGUUAGCAUUCAUUGACGAUCAUGUCGUCAUAAUAGUUUUGCUGUCAUAAUGUGUUCUGUUACUUGCAUCUAUGAAGCUGUACUUUCUCAAGGACAAAUCCUCUUGUGCUCUGCUUACAAUUUGUUUGUAACUUGUAGAAAUACAAAGUGCUAACAUUACUGGCUUA